AUGAUCACUCAAGCGCUAAUAGUAAGGGAGAGAGUACUGGGACCGAAUGACGAUCGGACACUGUUGAGCGUUGAGAUCCUAGCGGGGGUCCUUUCAAGUCAGGGAAAUCACAGUGACGCAGUGAAACUGAACAGGCGAGCUUUGAAAGGAUUCAGGAAGACGCUGGGCUCACUGCAUCCUUUUACGCUUACAAGCAUCAGUAACUUAGCCUUGGUGUUACAGCAUCUAGGCAGGUACGAAGAGUCGGAAGACCUGAACCGUUUGGCACUCAGAGGAAGUAAGAUGCUGGGAUCAUGCCACGCAGACACUCUGACAAGCAUGAGUAAUCUGGCACUAGUACUGCAGCACCAAGGCAAGUACAAGCAAGCAACAAAGCUGAACCAGCAAGCUCUAAGUGGCUUCCGAGAGACUCUUGGGAAGCGUCAUCCUUCCACGCUUGCUAGUAUGAGCAACUUGGCGCUAGUGCUUCAGUGUCAGGGCAGAUACGAGGAGUCUGAGGAGCUGGCAAGGCAAUCACUAGAAGGCAAAAUAGAAGAGCUUGGAUGGUAUCACCCUUCCACGCUUACGAGCAUGAACAACCUCACGCUGGUCCUGCAGCAUCAAGGCAAAUGCGAAGAGUUAUAG